AUGGAUCUUCUAACAAUUUACCCAUUAGCCAUUUUUUCAAUUUUUAUCUUCAUCAUUGUGACACUAAAACAAAGGAGGAAUCUCAAGAAAACUGAUUACUCAGUUCCAAAUAUGCCACCAGGGCCAUGGAAACUACCAAUUGUAGGAAACAUACCCCAUCUUGUUGGGUCUGCACCACAUAGAAGAUUAAGAGAGUUGGCAAAAAUAUAUGGACCCUUGAUGCAUCUACAACUUGGUGAGGUUUUCUUCAUUGUUGUUUCCUCAGCUGAAUAUGCUAGGGAGGUAAUGAAAACCCAUGAUGUUAUAUUUGCAUCCAGGCCUCAUUCUCUAGCUUCAGAGGUAGUGUUUUAUAAUGCCACAAAUAUAGCUUUUUCUCCUUAUGGUGAUUAUUGGAGACAGCUUAGAAAAAUUUGUAACAUGGAGCUUUUAAGCACAAAACGUGUCCAAUCUCAUUGGCCAAUAAGAGAGGAAGAGAUGACUAACCUCAUCAAAAGGAUUGCUUCAGAAGAAGGACCAGUCAUCAAUCUUACUCAAGCAGUUAUAUCAUUGAUGUUUACAAUCACUUCAAGGGCUGCUUUUGGCAAGAUAUACAAGGAGCAAGAAGAGUUCAUAUCAUUGGUAAGAGAAGUUUUAAAGCUAGCUGGAGGUUUCUACAUAGGAGACUUGUUUCCUUCAGCUAUAUGGCUUCAAAAUCUCUCUGGGAUGAGGCCUAGGCUUGAGAAGUUACACCAAAAAUUGGACAGGAUACUUGAGAUCAUUAUCAAUGAUCAUAGAGAGGCAAAGUCAAGAACCAAAGAAGGUCUAGUGGAAGGAGUGGAGGAUUUAAUUGAUGCUCUCUUGAAAUUUGAGGAUAGCAGCAGUGGCAUGGAUUUUCACUUAACAAGUAAAAAUAUCAAAGCUAUUAUCUUUGAUGUUUUCACUGGUGGAAGUGACACUGCAGCCACUACCAUUAGCUGGGCAAUGGCUGAGAUGAUAAAGAAUUCAAGAGUAAUGAAGAAAGCACAAGCUGAAGUGAGAAAGAUAUUCAAAAGCCGAGGAAAGAUUGAUGAAACUAGCAUUGAUGAGCUCAAAUACUUGAAAGCAGUCAUCAAAGAGGUUCUAAGAUUACACCCUCCUGGGCCUCUUUUAAUUCCAAGGGAAUGUGGGCAAGCAUGUGAGAUUAAUGGGUACCACAUACCCUUCAAAAGUAAGGUCAUAGUCAAUGCUUGGGCAAUUGGAAGGGAUCCAAAAUAUUGGACUGACCCAGAGAGCUUUUAUCCUGAAAGGUUUAUUGAUAGUUCUAUUGACUACAAAGGAACUAGUUUUGAAUACAUCCCAUUUGGUGCUGGAAGAAGAAUUUGCCCAGGGAUGAACUAUGGUGUUGCAAAUGUUGAGUUGGCCCUUGCAUUGUUAUUGUAUCACUUUGAUUGGAGACUUCCCAAAGGAAUGAAAAAUGAGGAUUUGGACAUGACUGAGGAAUUUGGUGCUUCUGUUAUAAAAAAAGAAGAUCUUUACUUGAUUCCCGUCACUUAUCCUUCUUUGCUGGAGACGUGA